AUGUCAACAAAAACAAGUUGUGAUAACAGAAAGAAAGCAAAUGUAGAAGAUAAUAGUUCUAAUGAGGUAGCUUCUGAUGUCACUCAACAACAACAAAAUCAAAGGAAAGGAUCAAUAAAACCCACAGGUUUAGAGGAAAAAGAAGCCUCUUGCAAAAAGAUGAGAAAGUUACAAAUUGCCAAUGCUGAAGUAUCAGAAUCGGGUGAUUCUGGUUUUAUCUCUGGACAAAUACUGACAACAAUUGACGAGAGUGAAGGAGCUGUUGGUAACAGUAGUGACGAUGUUCUGGAGCAAUAUGACCAAAAACAAGAUUAUCAUCCAACUGAAGACAAAGAAUUGGAAAAAGUUGUGGUCGACUCAGGCUGUAUUGUCGGAGAUGAUAAUGAAGUCUCGAUUAAUCAAGAUCACCAUGAAUUAAGUGAACAGCAAGAAGAAAUUCAGCGCGAACACUCAAACCCUACAGUUGCUGUUACAAUAUCCUCUGCAUCCAACGUUGACAACAAGAGCCUCACAACAACAGCAGCUGGUCAAAUAAUCCCUAAACAGAAUAUUAAUGAUGAAAUGUCGAAAAUGUUGAAUAAUCUCAAUCUGGAUACAAAAACAACAACACAUCCACAACAACAACAGCAACAGCCACAACCAAAAAAACUGAUAUUUGAAAAUGUGAAAAAUUUGAAUGCGAUCCAGAGUAGACUAGCGGCCGCUUUUAAACGGUCAACACCGACAACUACAACUGGCAAUAACAAUCAAAACUCAACCACUAAUGACCAACAGCAAGAAGUGAUUGGAGAAACUGGUUCUGUUAUAACAUCCCCAACAUCCGGUUUACUACCUUCAGAUGCAUGGGAACAAUUCUAUCAACAAGACAAUAAUGGCGACACAAUAUUGCAUUUGGCAUGCCGUUAUGGUUAUGUCAAAGUUGUGGCUACUCUCAUACGUAUGGCGCCACAUCCGUGCCUAUUUAAUAUACAAAAUGAUGCUGCACUGACACCAUUACAUUGUGCUGCCAUCGCAGAAGAGACAAAAAUUUUACGCCUGUUGCUGAUAGCAGGAGCUGAGCCAACUCUACGUGAUAAGCGUGGUAAUACAGCAUUGCAUAUCGCUUGCAUUAUUGGCGAGGAGCAAUGUGUUCGUGCACUGACUGUACCAAUAAGCACAUCCGAAAUAGAUCAAGCACAUUAUUUAUUUGAUCGCAGCUCCGAUGAGGAAACUGUCUCUUCUUUCAACUAUGUUCGUUUGCCAUCUGAUCUGGAAAUUAGUAACUAUGACGGUAAGAGAUGUGUCCAUUUAGCAGCACUAGCUGAACAUAUUGAUAUAUUAAGGAUCUUGGUUUGUUAUGGUGCUGAUAUCAAUGCCAGAGAAAGAAAAGCAGGAUACACUCCACUCCAUAUGGCUACUGAAUCUCGCAAUAAAGCAUUAGCCAAUUUUCUAUUUGAUGAGUGCCAAAAGCUCAACAUAGAAACACCCACUUAUGCAGGUUUAACAGCAUAUCAAUUGGCUGGUGUACUACAGUACUCUCAAUGGCAAAACAUCUUAGUAAAACGUGGUGCUCAACCUAUACCGCCACCUGACAGAGAUUAA